AAUGCAAUAUGACAACGGGGCCUUGUCACGAAGGCCUACGGGCCUCCACCCCAGUCGAAAAAAGCAACAAUGGUGGCUAGCUAGCCAAGCUAAUUAUCGGCAUAGCUAGCUCGGAAAUAUAUCGUGACUUUUGCAAGCCGAUGUUCAUUUGUGUUUUCUUUCAGUGCACACUUUUUAAAGUAUAUACACAGUUGUGGGUUUACUGCGUUUAUUUUACAAAUAAUAUUGUAGACAAUCGCUGGGAAUGCUAUUGCUAACUAGUUAGCUCGUUCAUUUAGCACAGAACAGAAAAACAUUUGCAGAGAGUCAGUAUUGCACACUUGUUGGAGUCCUGAAAAAAAAUCAUAGAUUCGAUAUAUGCUUAAAUAUCAUUUAGCAUAUUAUUCAUGCGUAUUCAUUAUUUUUGCUACAUUCACCUGCGCGCUCGAGCUAUACGUCAUUGUUGGCGGGGUUAUGUGCCCACAAUGUAAACAGAACCCGCCAUAUUUAUUGCGUCUGGGCGCUCUCUCUGCUGCCUGUCAGUGGGUUGUAAACUAGACGGAGUACAGCUACGACCGGAAGUGACUUUUCGUGGCAGGCUAGGAGAACAUUUUAGGUAACCCUUUCCUAACCUUAACAUCAUUAUCCUAACUUGCUACGAAAAAGUCACUUCCGGUUAUAACGGUAUUCCACCCAGGUAGGAUAAUUUACGCGGCUGUGACUAGAUGCAGUACAGCUACAACCGGAAGGGACUUUUCCUAGCAGGUUAGGAGAGCAUUGUAGCUAACCCUUUUCCUAACAUAAACCUUAUUCUCCUAACCUGACACGUUAAUUAUACUAACCUGCUGCGAAAAAGUCACUUCCAGUUGUAACUAUAUAACACCUAGUCAAAAUUAACUUACUCAGCAGGUUAUGAAAAUGAACAUAGAGGUUAGGAGAAUUAGGUUAAGGUUAAGAAAAAUAGUUAGGGUGGCGUGGAAAUACUUACACAGGGACACUUGAAGUCAAUCUUAAAUUAAUCAUUGUUUAUUUGUCAGCGUGCUGGACAGGUUCCAACAAACUUAAUGCACCAUAGUGAAUGUCUGUCAGAAGCUCUCCCUGGGCAGCCCCAGCAGUUGUCUUAUAUACAGUUAUACACAGACAAGUUAUAUUUGCAUGAUUUGCGUCAUUACCAUUUCAUUCAUGUGACCGACCAAUACUGGUUCAUAACAUGUGACAGACCAUUACCUCACAAGGCUUCUUCUCUAAGCUGAGACCUGGAAACUGAGAUCUCUUUCUCAAAACAAUGUCUGGGUGUACUGCCAAAUUGCAGAUACUGAUAAGUGAGGAUUUGUUAAAUCAGUCACUUGUAUGAACACAGAAAUUGGUUAUUAGAACAACACAUGAAUAGACCACAGAUAUUAUCAGAAAAGCACAAACAUUAAAAUUCCCAUUACAAGGGUUAGCUAAAAUGUUCUCCUAACCUGCUUCGAAAUAUUAACUUCCGUUCGUAGCUGUACUCCAUGUAGUCACAACCUAGUCAGUGGGCAAGACUGUGUCAAAGCACUGUAACUACAGUGGUUACAAAGUGGCAUUGAUUCAUUACUGUCACCCACAACAAAGUUCAAAUUCUGUGUCUUCUCCCUUGCUGAUGACAACAACAAAAAAGCAUAACACUUCACUGAUGGUUUGAGAGCAGACAGGAUACAAAUAGAAUGGACCGUGGUGGAGGGGUCCUGAACUUUCAGAUGCAGAACUCAAAGAUGCAACACACAAUGAUAAUGCAGGAUUUUGUGGCAGGUAUGGGUGGCAUGGCGCACAUCGAUGGUGACCACAUUGUGGUGUCUGUGCCAGAGGCGGUGCUGGUGUCAGAUGUGGUGACUGAUGAGGAGGGCAUCACAUUUGAGCAUGACCUGGGCUCAGAAGUUGUAGAGGGGCCAGACAUCUGCUGCAGUGAUGACCCUGACGGCAUGAUCAUGACUGAGUCGGUCCUGGGGGCUGAGGUGGCCAUCGAUGAGGUGCUGGACUCAGACCACCAUCAACAUGUGCUGGCAGCAGAGCUCAUAGAGGAAUCUGACAGUGUUCCUGACCGGGUGUUUGAGAUGGUCACGGAGGAGAUCAUGGUCUCUAACUGCAACUCAGAGACAUAUGUGGAGGAGAUGGAAGACUCUGCAGUCACCAUCGAGGAGCAGGACGAUGAGGAUGGGGGGAGUGUCUCUGAGGACUACCUGGUGAUCUCCUUGGAUGAUGUUGAGGAGAAGUUGGACAUGGAGGACACGCCCCUGAAGAUGGGUUCUGAGGUGAUGCCUGAGGAGGAUGGCUCCAAAGAGGGCGACUACGACUCUGAGUGCAUCAAAGUCUACAUCUUCAAGGCAGAGGCUGAUGAUGAUGUUGACAUAGGUGGCACAGAGAUUGUAGCUGAGAGUGACUUCCACAACGGUCGCGCAGUGCUGGAGACUGGGGGCAUUGGCAAGCUGUCUCGAGAGAAGAUGGUCUACAUGGCAGUGAAAGACCCUUCCCAGGAGGAUUCAGAGAUCAACUGUGCUGAGAUGGCAAAUGAGGUGUACAUGGAGGUGAUAGUGGGAGAGGAGGAUGCCCCUGCCAUUCAGGACUCACUGGAAGACUCCAGCCACAAUAAGAACUUUGGCACCAUAGCCUGGGCUGCAGCUUAUGGUAACAGUCUGGACUCCAGGCUGGAGAACAAGAACAACACAGGUACACAUUACCUGAAGAUCAGCGACAGCCUGAGUACAAGUAGAGCUCUUAAACAGAAUAUCAAGAAAAAGAAGAAGGGAGAGACACGUCAGUGUCAGACAGCUGUGAUCAUUGGUCCAGAUGGCCAACCUCUGACUGUGUACCCCUGUCACAUCUGCGGGAAAAAGUUCAGAUCACGAGGCUUCCUGAAGAUCCACAUGAAGAACCACCCGGACCACAUGUUCAAGAAGAAGUACCAGUGCACAGAUUGUGACUUUACCACCAACAAGAAGGUCAACUUCCAUAACCACCUGGAGGGCCACAAGCUCAUAGUGAAGAGUGACAGGGUACCAGAGUUCACUGAGUUCACGCGGCGUUACUGUGUGGAGAGCCCCCUCAGCUCCAACAAGCUUAUCCUGCGUGACCAGGAACCCAAGCUGCACCACUGUAAGUAUUGUGACUAUGAGACAGCCGAGCAGGGUCUGCUCAACCGCCACCUGCUGGCCGUGCACAGCAAGAGCUUUGCCCACGUAUGUGUGGAGUGUGCUAAGGGUUUCCGCCAUCCCUCAGAGCUCAAGAAACACAUGAGGACACACACAGGUGAGAAGCCUUACCACUGCCAGCACUGUGAGUUCCGCUGUGCCGACCAGUCCAACCUGAAGACCCACAUAAAGAGUAAGCACGGCGCUGAGCUGCCCUUCAAGUGUGGCCACUGCCCCCAGGCCUUCCCUGACGAGCGGGAGCUGCAGAGGCACAUGGAGAUCUUCCAGGGCCACAAGACGCACCAGUGUCCGCACUGCGAGCACAAGAGCACCAACUCCAGUGACCUGAAGCGCCACAUUAUCUCUGUGCACACCAAAGACUUCCCUCACAAGUGUGAUGUGUGUGAGAAGGGCUUCCACCGGCCCUCGGAGCUCAAAAAACAUGCAGAGACUCACAAAGGUGCCAGGCUGCACCAGUGCCGCCACUGUGACUUCAAGACGCCGGACCCGUUCAUACUCAGCCGCCACAUCCUGUCCGUCCACACCAAAGACUUGCCAUUCAAGUGUAAGCGCUGUCGACGGGGCUUCAGGCAUCAGCUGGAACUGAAGAAGCACAUGAAGACCCACAGUGGACGGAAAGUGUACCAGUGCCAGUACUGUGAGUACAGCUCCUCGGACGCUUCCGGUUUCAAACGGCACGUCAUAUCCAUCCACACCAAGGACUAUCCCCACCGUUGUGACUACUGCACUAAAGGCUUCCGUAGGCCCUCUGAAAAGAGCCAGCACAUUGCGCGGCAUCACAAGGACAUUUUAAUGUAGAGUUCUACUUCACACACCCUUUCCCAUAUUCAGAACAAUCCUAUUCUCACUCACUAUAGAGCAGGGAAAUACAAUGGUUUCAAUGUGGUAAAGAAUGACAAUUGUCACAUUUUCUUACAACUUUAUUAGUUAUUUAUUAACCUUGUCCUCACAUCACCAUUAGUACUCAAACCUAGGAUGCUAUUCAAACAAACCUCAAGUCAGGCAAGUCCUGAAUCAGAACAUUGCUGAAAGCACAUGUUUGUGCCUGGAUUGUUUGAAUAGCACAACACUUGUUAUAUGCAGUAUCAGUGCUAAGAUCAUUUGAUUUGAACUAAUGUCAUGUUUGAUUGACUGCUGACUAUUCUCAUUUUGACCUUGGGAUAACUGUUCUCUGACAAGUCAUUGUAUGGUUUUUAGUACUGUUUCUGCUAGCAAUAAACUGUGAAAAUAAUGCAUUUUAAAGACCCAGUUAUAAUUGCAAAUAUAAACAGUCAUCUGUGUCAGUUUUCUCUGUAUUCAAAGGGAUGGAAAGGGGAUGUGGACGACUCUGCUUUGUAUUCGUAUGUGUCCAUUAUGCAUUGAAAUAAUCGCUUCUCAGACAAUCGGGGGUUUUCAUUUUUUCCCCACUAGUAAAAUCAUCUUGCUCAGAGCCAACAACAUCAUGUUCACUAUCAGGAAUGUCUCUCAUGCAUCAGACAAAAUCAGUGUUAUCUAUUCUCAUGUCUCAACUGAAAUUUUAGGAGCUCCUUUAGUAAAUAAAGACAUCUGAUAAAUUGUU